AUGAACGAGCUCCGUGAGCGCCGUCAGAACGCAACAAGAUUUCCGACGCUGCCGACCAACCUCCGCCUGAAUAUGGCGGUGGACUGGCGCCAAUACCUCUACCUGGCCAUGGUGCCGUUCCCGGCUCAGCGGACCGGAGUAUACCAGAAUCUCCGGCUGAAGGAGCUGGAGGACGCCAAGGAGGUGGAUGACGGCACCGGGGCGGCCAUGGUGGCGAUCGGCGUAGCGGCCCAUAAGACGGACUACCGCUACGGCGACGCCAUCGUGGUCGUCCCGAAGGAGCUCCACGAGCUUCUCUGUUUCUUCGUGGAGAAGAUACGCCCGGCAUUGUUAAAGGAGGGGGGCGGCCAGACUGGCUGA